AGUCCUGCAGAGCGGCGGCGAUCCCCGUCCGAUGGGAGGAUGGUUGUUCUCAGGCAGUUUGGGCUGCUUCUCUGGAAGAACUACAUCCUGCAGAAACGUCAGAUUUUGGUCACCAUCAUAGAAAUCUGCCUGCCGCUGCUGUUUGCUGCCAUCCUGAUCGCACUGAGGCACCGGGUGCACUCCGUCAGCCACCCCAAUGCCACCAUCUACCCGUCCCUGUCCGUGGAUGACCUGCCAGGCUUCUUCUACCGCCGGCACCCCGGCAACCCCUGGGAGCUGGCGUACGUCCCCUCCAACAGCAGCGCCGUGCAGAGCAUCGCCAGAGCUGUGGAGAGAGCUUUGCCCAUCAGCAUCCGAGCCCAAGGCUUCGCCUCAGAGCGAGAGUUUGAGGAUUACGUCCGACGGGACAACCGCUCCGGCAGCGUGCUGGCUGCUGUCAUCUUCAAACACCACUUCAGCCACGGCACAGACCCGCUGCCCCUCCAGGUGGACUAUGAGCUGCGCUUCAAGUACAGCCCCAGGAACGCGCCGCGGAGUGAGCAGACGGGGCUGAACCCCAACCUGGACCGGGACUGGCACACCAGCUACCUCUUCCCACUCUUCCAGCUGCCUGGGCCCCGCGAGGCCAAGUUUGCGGAUGGCGGAACGCCGGGUUACAUCCGGGAGGGCUUCCUGGCGGUGCAGCAUGCCGUGGAUCGGGCCAUCAUGCAGUAUCACACCAACAGCUCUGCCACCAGCCUGCUGGACAACGUCACCGUGGUGGUGCAGCGCUUCCCCUACCCGUCCUAUGUCAACGACCUCUUCGUCCUCGCCAUCCAGAACCAGCUCCCACUGCUGCUCAUGCUCAGCUUCACCUACACCUCGCUCAACAUCGUCCGUGCCGUCGUGCACGAGAAGGAGAAGAAGCUGAAGGAAUACAUGCACAUGAUGGGCCUCAGCAACUGGUUGCACUGGAGUGCCUGGUUCCUCAUGUUCUUCCUCUUCCUGCUGGUGUCUGUGUUCUUUGUCACCGUGCUCUUCUGUGUCAAGGUGAGUGAACAAGGAGCUGUGCUCACUAGCAGUGACCCCACGCUGGUGUUCACCUUCCUCGCCAUCUUCUCCAUCUCCUCCAUCUCCUUCAACUUCAUGGUGAGCACCUUCUUCUCCAGAGCAAACAUUGCAGCUGCUGCUGGAGGCUUCCUGUACUUCUUCUCCUACAUUCCCUACUUCUUCAUCUCGCCUCGCUACGACCUGAUGUCCCACAGCCAGAAGCUGGCAUCCUGCCUCAUCUCCAACGUGGCCAUGGCCAUGGGAGCACAGCUCAUAGGCAUGUUUGAAGGAAAAGGGACUGGCAUCCAGUGGAGGGACCUCAUGAAACCUGUCAGCGUGGAUGACAACUUCACCUUGGCACAAGUCCUGGGGAUGCUGCUCCUGGAUUCAGUGCUCUAUGGCCUGGUGGCCUGGUAUGUGGAGGCUGUCUUCCCAGGGGAGUACGGCGUGCCUCAGCCCUGGUACUUCUUCCUGACGCCCUCCUACUGGUGUGGGCAACCCAGGACUGUCAUUGGAAAAGAGAAGGAGGAGGAGGAAGACCCUGAGAAAGCCCUGAAGAGCCAAUACAUUGAGGAGGAGCCUGCUGACCUCGUGUCAGGGAUCAAAAUCAAGCACCUUUCCAAGGUCUUCAAAGUGGGAAACAAGACAAAAGAGGCAGUGAAGGACUUGACGGUUAAUAUGUAUGAAGGGCAGAUCACUGUCCUGCUGGGACACAACGGUGCUGGAAAGACCACCACUCUGUCCAUGCUCACAGGUCUGUACUCCCCAACGAGUGGGCAGGCGUACAUCAAUGGCUAUGAGAUCUCACAGGACAUGGUUCUGAUCCGCCGGAGCCUGGGGCUGUGUCCGCAGCACGACGUGCUCUUCGACAACAUGACAGUGGAGGAGCACCUCCACUUCUAUGCAGGACUGAAGGGAUACCCAGCCUCCAAGUGUCCCGAGGAGAUCAACCACAUCCUGCGGAUCCUCAACCUGGAGGACAAGCGGCACUCGCUGACCAAGGCGCUCUCUGGUGGCAUGAAGCGCAAGCUGUCCAUUGGCAUCGCCCUCAUCGGGGAUUCCAAGGUGGUGAUGCUGGAUGAGCCAACGUCGGGGAUGGAUCCAGCUUCUCGCAGGGCCACCUGGGAUCUCCUCCAGCAGCAGAGGAGCAACCGCACCAUCCUGCUGACCACACACUUCAUGGAUGAGGCUGACUUGCUGGGGGACCGCAUAGCUAUCAUGGCCAAGGGCGAGCUGCAGUGCUGCGGCUCCUCCCUCUUCCUCAAACGUAAAUAUGGGGCGGGGUACCACAUGGUGAUGGUGAAGGAGCCGUACUGUAACCUGGGGGAGAUCUCCCGCCUCAUCUGUCAGUACGUGCCCAACGCCACCAUGGAGAGCAAUGCUGGGGCAGAGCUGUCCUUCAUCCUGCCCAAAGAGAGCACUCACAGGUUUGAGGCCCUAUUCACAGAGCUGGAGCUGAAGCGGGAGGAGCUGGGCAUCGCCAGCUAUGGGGCCUCGGUCACCACCAUGGAGGAAGUCUUCCUGAGGGUUGGGAAGCUGGUGGACUCCAGCAUGGACAUCCAGGCCAUCCAGCUGCCUGCUCUGCAGUACCAGCACGAGCGGCGCUCCAACGACUGGGCCAUGGACGACUCCAGCAGCCUGAGUGGGAUGACAGACAUGACAGAUGACAGCGGGGCACUCAUUACAGAGGACUGCUCCAGCAUCAAGCUCAACACUGGGUUCUACCUGUGCUGCCAGCAGUUCUACGCCAUGUUCAUGAAGCGAGCCAUGUACAGCUGGCGCAACUGGAAGAUGGUGGCAGCGCAGUUCCUCGUGCCUCUCAUCUUCACUGCCUUCGCCCUCAUCGUGGCCAAGACCUUCCCGGGGCCCAGGGACUCCUCCAUGCUGAGGCUGACGCUGGAGCCCUAUGGGCAGACCAUCGUGCCUUUCUCCGUCCCCACCGCCUCAGGGCUGCCACAGAAGCUGGCGGAGCAGUACGUGGAGCUGCUGGAUGCCCAGCACCAGUCGCCACUGGAGGUGCCGGGUGGCCUGGAGGAGUACCUCAUCUCAAGAGCAUCCGAGGAGGGGGGGGCCUUCAAUGAGCACUACAUCGCCGCUGCCUCCUUCGAAGGAGUUGACAACCACACGGUGGUCACCGCACUGUUCAACAACCAGGCCUACCACUCCCCAGCCACCGCCCUCAUGUUGGCUGACAACGCUGUCUUCAGGGUGCUGAUGGGCCCCAACGCUUCCAUCACAGUCACCAACUACCCUCAGCCCCGCAACAUCACCGAGAAGGCCAAGGACCAGCUCAUGGAAGGCCAGACCGGGUUUGCCAUCGCCAUCAACUUGCUGUACGGCAUGGCCUCGCUCGCCAGCACCUUUGCUCUCCUGCUGGUCAGUGAGCGGGCCAUCAAGGCCAAGCAUGUCCAGUUUGUCAGCGGCGUCUACGUGGUCAACUUCUGGCUGUCAGCCCUGCUCUGGGACAUCAUCAACUUCCUCAUUCCGUGUGCUCUGAUGCUGGUGAUAUUCCAAGCCUUUGAUGUGCAAGCCUUCACCCAAGACAGCCACCUCGUCGAUGUGAUGUUGAUCUUCCUCCUUUAUGGCUGGGCCAUCAUCCCCCUUAUGUACCUCCUCAGCUUCUUCUUCUCAGUGGCAGCCACAGCCUACACCCGUCUCACCAUCUUCAACAUCCUCUCGGGCACAGCCACCUUCCUUGCUGUCACCAUCAUGAGCAUCCCAGAGUUGGGCUUGGUGGACCUCUCCAGAACUCUGGAUAAAAUCUUUCUCACCUUACCCAAUUACUGCUUGGGUCAGUGCAUCAGUGACUUCUACCAGAACUAUGAGUUCAUUCAGUUCUGCACCUCUUCUGUUGAAGCCAUCUUCAUAUGCAAGGCAUUCAAUAUCAGCUAUCAGGUGAACUACUUUUCCUGGGAGUCGCCUGGGAUCGGGCGAUACCUGACCUCCUUGACCAUCCAGGGUUUCUCCUUCCUCUUCCUCCUCUUCCUCAUUGAGACAAACCUUCUCUGGAGACUGAAAACUUUGGUCUGUGGCAUCUGCAGGCGGCGAAGAUGGGUGGCACUGCUGAACAGUGUGUCUGUGUUGCCUGAGGACCGGGAUGUGGCAGAUGAGAGGAAGAAGGUUUUGGAGUCACCACCAGAGCUGCUGUCAUCACUGAGCAGCCCUCUGGUCAUCAAGGAGCUCACUAAGGUCUACGACAGCCGGGAAUCCCUGCUGGCAGUGGACAGGAUCUCUUUGGCAGUCAGCAAAGGGGAAUGCUUUGGCCUUCUUGGCUUCAAUGGAGCAGGCAAAACCACCACAUUCAAGAUGCUGACGGGUGAUGAGAGCAUCACAUCGGGGGAUGCCUUUGUGGAUGGCCACAGCAUUCUGGCCAACAUCAAGAAGGUGCAGCAGCGGAUCGGCUACUGCCCUCAGUUUGAUGCCCUGCUGGAGCACAUGACGGGCCGUGAGACACUCAGCAUGUACGCCCGGCUGCGGGGCAUCCCUGAGCGUUACAUCGGCAGCUGCGUGGAGAACAUGCUGAGGGGGCUGCUGCUGGAGCCCCACGCCGACAAGCUUGUCAGGACCUACAGCGGUGGUAACAAGCGGAAGCUGAGUGCUGGCAUUGCCCUUAUUGGUGGCCCCCCCGUCAUCUUCCUGGAUGAGCCCUCCACUGGUAUGGACCCCGUGGCCCGGCGUCUGCUCUGGGAUGCAGUGACUCGGACACGGGAGUGUGGCAAAUCCAUCAUCUUCACCUCCCACAGCAUGGAGGAGUGCGAGGCGCUGUGCACGCGGCUGGCCAUCAUGGUGAACGGGCAGUUCAAGUGUCUGGGCAGCCCCCAGCACCUGAAGAGCAAGUUUGGCAGUGGCUACACCUUGCUGGCCAAAACGCGGACUGAUGAGGAGGGCGAGCUGCAGGCCUUCAAGGCCUUCGUGGAGAAGACUUUCCCAGGCAGUGUCCUGAAGCACGAGCACCAGGGCAUGGUGCACUACCACUUGACCAACAAGAACCUCAGCUGGGCGCAGGUCUUUGGGGCCUUGGAGAAAGCCAAAGAGAAGUAUCGCUUAGAAGACUAUUCGGUCAGCCAGAUAUCCCUGGAGCAAGUCUUCAUGAGCUUCACCCGCUUCCAACACUACACAGAGGACAGAGGGAAAUGAGCAAGAGCCCUUCACGUCCUCCUUCACGGACUGGCCCCGCCGCCUAUACAUAGUAUAUAUAGAGACAGUAAUUUAUAUAUCAGCGUGUGUCUUAAAUAAUGUAUAAAUGUAAGAAAAUUUUCACUGGGGAGGGGGGAGAGGAUGGAGUCGUACCUCCUGCUACUGGGAGCACAGGGCUGCGUGUGCAGCAGCUGCCAGCGCACACGUGUAAAUGAGUUUGUGUGUCUGCCACUUCCACCCGCGUUUGUCCCCAUCUGUGGCAAAAAGAAAAGCCCUCAAAGCAGGGGAAGGGGUGGCUGGGUGCUGCAGGCUGCGCCGGAGCCUCAGGUCCCCGUGUCCCCCCACCCUGCCCCUCGUCACGCACAGUGGGAAGCGGCUCUGUGGUCUCCACGCGCACGUCGAGUUGUGUUCUGUGAGGUGGUUUGCUUGUGGUUUAGCAGGAUGCCGUCCAAUAGCUUAGAUCCAGAAUGUUUGCUGGGUUCAUGGUGAUGCACUGUGCCAGGGGGAGGGGACGCAAAACCCCCAUACCAGCCUUAAUGGCAUGGAGAUGCAAGAAGGGAAGCUGGCACAAGCAGCAUAUGCUGAUUGUUCCCUUGACACCAAAACCCCUGGUGCCACCGUGCCUGGCUCUGUGACAAAAGGGAACCUCAGGAGCUCCUCUUGCACCCGCUGCUCAAAAGUAGGGGCAGAGGGAGCCUGGCCCAGCCCUGCUGUGCUGGGAGGGGCUGUGCUAAUGGAGCAGUGCCUGGCAGUGAUGAAUCACAGCCCGGGGCUCCGUGUGUGGGCAGCCAUGGUUGGAGGUGCAGCGUGCUGGCUCGGCACUGCAUCCAUUAUAGGUUUAAACAACAGCACUGCCCUGCAGCGUGUUCUGCAGCACUGCAGCACAGCCCCUGCCCACGUUGCUCCCUGUCCCCCCACCCCACACUGCCCUGGCUGUGCACAGUGCCCUAAGGCAGCACCCAGGAUUUAUUUUCAAUGUCUCCCCAGCAUUUGCGUUGCUUUUCUGUUUGUUUGUUUUCUGUACGUGUUGGUUGGUUCUCAUCUGUCUCUAACUGGUCCCUGUGUCACCUGCGGGCAGUUCCCUCCAGCUGCUCCGUGAUCAAUGCAGAGCUAUUUGCACUAUAGUACUACACACAAUUGCACAUACUAAAUGAAUUAAUAUUUAUGGCAGGGGGUGCUGAUUCCCUCCCUGUGAUUGCAUUGUCGGGUUGGGGUGUCCUUUGGGUUGGGUUUUUGUUCCGUUCCUGUAACUGAAUCAUCCUUUCCUGUUCCAUUUUUUUUUUUUCCCCUCUGCCUAAUGCUGUUUAAAAAUAAUGAUGGUGCAUCAUGUUACUAAGAGUUUCCCCGGAUCUUCACGACGUGUGUGGUUAUUAGCAGGCAGCCAGCAGGGGAGCACAGCCCCUGGGACGAGGACUGUGCCUUCUGCAAGCAUCCCUGUGCUGUGGGGGGGUGAUGUGGGAGAGCAGUGCAAGGAAAGCAAUGCUGCUUUCUCUUGGGUCCACCAGGGAGGCUGGGACCUUGUGUAUAGGGCAAUGGCAGGACGCAGCAGGGCUGCUGGGGCUUUGCCUUGCACAGGGGCAGCAGUGGGAAAGUAGGAGCAGGGAGGCUUAUGGGGGAUCCUGCCCUGGGUACAGCACCUGGGUACCACCAGUCCUGCAUCCUGGCAGCCCAGCACCUCUCUUUGCUGUAGCACCAGCCUGCACUGGGCCUUGCUGCACUGGGGCACAGUCACCCGGCAGCACUGCUGUUGCUACCUGUUGUGGUGCCCAUCCUGCAGCACCGCCUGGGAAAGGGUUGUGGCUGCUGUGCCAGGCUGCAGUACAGUUGUUCCCACCACAAGAAUAAAGCUUCCCUUUUUUUCCA